CAAUCUCGCUCAUUCCCGACCGUCAUAAUUGUUUGGAGCCCAUGCUGUUCGUCGCGCCCAAUCUUUCUCGGUACAUCCUUCCCUUAAGUUGAUUCCUGCCCGCCGUCACUGUCGCAGCAUCGCAUCUUACGGAACAGCCGUAACAAAAAGACCUCUGACGUGAGAUGAACCAUCCACAGCAUCCUCGAACGCUCAUAUACUCUCUUCGCACGUAUGGUCUGCCCUGCUCAUCCGUCGGUCCCGCACCAUGACUCUGAGGCUCCGUUUCCACUCAUGGCGAUAUUUACCUCCAGAGCUAUGCUUUCCCCAGGCUGCUCAGUGUGCUCCCCGCACCGAAGAGCGCACUCACCACGUGAAAUCGGAAUAUCACGAUCCGAGUGAAGCGUUCUACCGAGCUUGGUUAGCAUCCCGGACGCCACUUGCUGGCUCUGAUGCCUUUCUUCCACCAGGCGCUCAUCGGCCUCUGUCUGCUCAUCAAAUCAAGCUUGCCUACCAGAUUGUCAAGUUGUGCGGAUAUGAUACAUUUGCGCUAAUCUGGGUGUUGCACCCUUGGAGGUUUCUUCUAAUGAUCAUUGUUCAAUUACUACGCGGAGUCCUCCCUGCAUUCAAAGGGUAUUCGCAGGCAUCGAUCAUAAACGAGUUCCAGUCUUUCAUGACCUCGGGAGAGUACACCUUGAGCCACUUGCUGAGCAGCAUUCUCUUCGAACUCAUCCGAAUUGGAUUUGAGACCGUGCUUGAUUCAUUCGCUACUGCAAAUGAGGAGCUUGUACAAAGUUCAAUACAAUUUCUUCUGGAACACAAACAGAUCGAAACGCGCCUCCGAUUGGACGUUCCGACACUGGCGGAUCCAGUCGUUCGUGAUCUCCUACAAGAGUCUGAUUUCUUCGUGCGCUCGUUCGGUAGCAUGUCCAGCUUCGGGCUCUUCUCGAUGUUCGACAUCACGCGUAUCCUGACGCUCAUCUCGGAGCUCGUAUCCCAUCUCUUCAUCUUAUCGUCUUUGACGCGCAGCAACAUGAGUGAUGCCGUCCUCAUAACCUGUGUUCUGGCGUCGGCGGUUCCUUCCUUAUUCCCGUGGUUAGCAACAGGUCGCACGAUGUUUGAGGACUUGGAUGACCCACACGAGCUUCGGCUACUAGCCAAGCAAGAGAAGAUGCGUGCGCUAGCUUAUAGCGAUGCGCUUCGUCAAGAGGUCGUCUUCUUUGGUCUCGGAUCAUGGAUAUUACGAGGUUGGGCUCAAGCGCGGAUGGCACUGCUCAAAGCAGAGCGGUCGCAGUCCAAGCAAAGCGCAGAAUUUACUUCACAACUGCUUUCCCGAGUCGGCAUCUCGGACCUCUCAGCAGCUGUACAGAAUAUGCUGCUUAUGUUACUUGUGAAGACAUCACCGGCUUCCCUUGGGACUUUUACGCUGUAUCGAAAUUCGGUGCAAGCUCUUUUUCUCACAAUUGCGGCACUGAUCCAUUCCCUGAGGAUGGCGUACCAAGCGAUCUUCUUGAUGAGUGCAUAUUGGGCCGCGACGACCGUCAAAGCUCAUCUGAGACCGACGGCAAGCCAAAGAAUGAAUUAUGAAUGCUCCUGCAAAGGCAUGGAGCUACAAGUGAAAAACCUUUCGUACACUUAUCCGGGGUGCAUACAUCCAGUCUUGAAUGGCGUAAACCUAACCAUACGAGCGGGAGAGACCCUUGCUAUCGUCGGAUACAACGGAUCUGGCAAAUCGACGCUGGCGAAAGUCUUGCUACGGAUCGUCGACUUCGACAGCGGCCAGCUGCUUGUUAACAGGGUAGACAUCAGGAAGUACGACCCGGACGACUAUCACACACACUGCACCGCCGUGUUCCAGGAUUUCUCCAAAUUCAAUGCUUCGGCGCAGGAAAACAUCGCGGUCGGAUUUAUUGAUGAGAAGCGCAACCGUGCAGCCAUUGAGAGUGCCAUCCGUUUGGGCUGCGCGACACAGAUCGUGUAUUCGCUGCCUCAGGGUCUCAAGACGAAGCUGGAUGUGAUCAGCGAUGAAGCAAAUUCGUUCAUGGCCAGAGACAGUUGCGUGAACAAUUCUCGCAGCUUCCCACAGCAUGGAUUAUCUGGUGGCGAGUGGCAGAGGAUUGCUCUCUCCAGGGCAUUCAUGAGAGCUCAACGACCUGAAGUCGAGCUCAUCGUCUUCGACGAGGCGACUUCAUCUCUGGACGCCCAUGCACAGAACCGUAUAUUCGAUAGCAUCGACAAGGUUACCCACUCGUCCGACGGGAAACGGACUAAAACCGUGAUCUUCAUCACUCAUCGCCUUUCCACGGCUCGUCGUGCGGACAAGAUCGCCAUGAUGGAGCAUGGGACCAUCACCGAGUUCGGCACCCAUGAAGAGCUUCUUAGGAGGGAUGGCCAAUAUGCAGCGUUGUAUCGAGCGUCCACCUGAUUAGACGGUGCGAAUAGAGCAUUCUCAUAAAGGUAUUCGUAAUUAUCGUAAUUCCCAUCACGCCUGUGGUGAUUCUCACUGCAUAUGCGCAUUUGUUUGUGACUUUUGUUCACGUACGACACGAUGCCACCAAGACUCAGUGAACGUGCA